GCUUUCCCCCCCGACUCCCCUGCAGGUGGGCGAGAUUUUCUCCGCGGCCGGCGCCGCCUUCACCAAGCUGGGGGAACUGACGAUGCAGCUGCACCCCGUGGCCGACUCGUCCCCCGCCGGGGCCAAGUGGACGGAGACGGAGAUCGAGAUGCUGCGGGCGGCCGUGCGGCGCUUCGGGGACGACCUCAACCGGAUCAGCGCCGUCAUCAAGGAGCGGACGGUGGCGCAGAUCAAAGCCACGGCCAAGCGUAAGGCCUACGAGGACAGCGGGGUGCCCCUGCCCGCCGACUCCCCCAAGAAGGGCCCCAAGAAGGGGCACGGGCUGGGGGUGGGCGAGAUUUUCUCCGCGGCCGGCGCCGCCUUCACCAAGCUGGGGGAACUGACGAUGCAGCUGCACCCCGUGGCCGACUCGUCCCCCGCCGG